AUGCGUGUGCUAGGCGAGCGCACAAGGGCGAUUCUCCAGGACAGCGGCCUCCCACAGUUCCUAUGGGCUGAAGUCAUGCGCACAGUUGUUUCCUUGCGCAACAUGCUCCCUUAUCACGGGAGGCAUAUCGAGGGCAUCAAGUCCCCCAUCCUCGGCAGUGAUGCGUACGUUGUACUACAACAGGAGCAGAUUCGACGCAACCCGUCACGCAGGCACCUUGCACCGCGGGCAUGGAUGGGCAAGCUCGUUGGAUAUGGUAGCUACCACAGUUCAGUAUACCGAGUUUAUUGGCCGUACAAAGACGGUCGGCCUAGAGGCACAAUCCACGAAGUCAGAGAUAUCAUCAUCGACGAGGGCAGUGAUUUCGAACUGUUCCACAAUCCUGACUUACCUCCUAUCGAAUCAAGGGGUGCCACCCCUGAAGGCUCACCAAAUAGCCCAGAAACCGAGAUUUCUGAAGAGCCAGAUGCCGAGGAUAAUGAGAUUAUCGUUCUCGAGGACCCUGAUAUUCAGGGGUAUUCAGAAGGCCAGCCAUCUCGGGCGUUCGACGACCUGAUUAGUCAAUCCCCCGCAAGGAGUCAUGCGACAAUUUUCUGA